UUACAUAUGGCCUUGUGUGUGCCUCAUUUUGGAUGAGCGUGUAUCAGGUGAACAAUACCACAGAAGGCUUCAAAUAAGGUAACCAUGACUGAGGGAGAAGAACAGGAGGAGGAUCCAGUGGAACUACCACAAAACAGACAGAAGAGUAAAGUGAUUAUCUGCCAACGCUACAUCCCACUUUUGAUAGUCUUGGUGCUGUUGGGUGGAGCUGGAGCAAUAACUUGGUAUUUCUUAGACUACAGACUGCGGUAUCUGGAUUCUGCUCACCUGCAUUUCUACUCUGGCAGCCUGAGGAUCCUCAAUCGGCAGUAUUCUUUGGAUCACGGGCGGAUGGAAUCCAGAACUUUCUGGACAGAGAGAUCAAAGAUGCAGAAGAUGUUAAAAGACCUAAUUCUUGCCACUAACCUGGCCUCUUUCUACAACUCCAGUGCUGUCUAUGCCUUUGGAGAAGGGUCUUUGACAUGUUUCUUCUGGCUCGCCUUUCAAGUCCCAAAAGAUCAGCAUGAGGAGAUGACUGUGGAAGAUGUAAAAGACACACUCUAUAAUCAACUUCUUACCAGCUUCAACCGAACAGGGUACUUCUCUUAUCAGACUGAAUACAAAAUUGAUCCAGAAUCCUUAAUUUUAUUGGAAUCCAGUCUCAAAGACAUAAUAGUGCUGAAAUCCACCUUGGGCUGCUAUAGGUACAGCUACAUCCGGGAGGAUGUGGUCCUAAAACUGAAGGGCCCAGAUUUUUUAGCCUCCAGCUGCCUUUGGCAUCUCCAUGGCCCCAAAGGUCACAUGGUCAAGCUUCACCUGGAAUGGACUCUCUCAGAAUGCAGGGACCGAUUGGCAAUGUAUGAUGCAGCUGGGCCACUGGAGAGACAGCUCAUCACUUCACUAUAUGGGUGCAGCCGGCAGGAGCCUGUGGUAGAAGUUCUAUCUUCUGGUCCAGUCAUGUCUAUCGUAUGGAAGAAGGGGAUGUACAGCUACUAUGAUCCUUUCAUACUCUCUGCUCAGGCAGUGCCCUUUGAAGCCUGCCAGAAGAAUCUGACACUGAAGGAAAGCUGGGAACUGCAAGGGAACAUCAAGACUCCUUACUAUCCUAGUUACUAUGCGCCAAAUACACAGUGCACUUGGCACAUGAUGGUCCCGUCUCUGGAAUAUGGAGUUGUCCUUUGGUUUGAUGCUUACACUCUCAGGAGGCAGAAAUAUGACCUUCCAUGUACUCAAGGCCAAUGGACCAUCCAGAACAGAAAGUUCUGUGGUCUGCGGACUUUGCAAGCCUAUGCUGAAAGAAUACCUGUGAUGUCUAGAGCUGGUGUCACCAUCAACUUUACCUCUCAGAUUUCCCUAACAGGGCCUGGAGUGCAGGCUGCUUACAGUCUAUAUAAUCAAUCAGAUCCAUGCCCUAGAGAAUUCCUUUGCUUUGUCAAUGGUUUGUGCGUGCCAGCUUGUGAUGGGAUUGAAGACUGCCCCAAUGGACUAGACGAGAGAAACUGUGUCUGCCCUGCAAAAUUUCAGUGUCAGGAAGACAGCACGUGCAUUGACUUCUCCAAGCUCUGUGAUGAACAUCCAGAUUGCAUCAAUGGGAGUGAUGAGGAGCAAUGCAGUGAAGGAAUCCCUUGUGGACUUUACACUUACAAAUGUGCUGAUGGGAGCUGUGUGAAGAAGCCCAACCCUCAAUGCGACUCAAUCCCUGACUGCAAGGAUCAAUCGGAUGAAAUGAACUGUGACUGUGGAGUGCAGGAGACAGCAACACCCCGAAUUGUAGGUGGUGCUCAUUCUAUGGAAGGGGAGUGGCCUUGGCAAGCAAGUUUGCAGGUGCGUGGGCACCACCUUUGUGGGGGAACAUUGAUUGCAGAUCGCUGGGUGAUCACUGCUGCUCACUGUUUCCAGGAAGACAGGCAGGUUUCCCCCACGGUCUGGACCGUCUACCUGGGCAAGCACUUCCUGAACGUCAGUAGCCACAAUGAGGUUUCCUUCAAAGUGAACCGUAUCUUGCAGCAUCCCUACUAUGAAGAAGAUAGCCACGACUAUGACGUGGCUCUGUUGCAGCUUGACCAUCCGGUCAUCUAUUCUCCUUUCAUCCAGCCCAUUUGCUUGCCUGCCAGCUCCCAUCUCUUUGAGCCUGGUCUCCUGUGCUGGGUCACUGGCUGGGGUGCAGUCACGGAAGGAGGUCCUACAAGCAAGAUCUUGCAAAAGGUGGAUGUGCAAUUAGUUCGGCAAGACAUUUGCAGUGAAGCUUAUCAUUAUCAGGUCUCUCCCAGAAUGUUUUGUGCUGGCUACCAUGAUGGCAAAAAAGACUCCUGUCAGGGAGAUUCUGGAGGACCUCUUGUUUGCCAGGAAGCCAGUGGCAAAUGGUUUCUAGCUGGUGUGGUGAGCUGGGGAAUGGGUUGUGCACGUCCCAAUAACUAUGGAGUGUAUACCAGAAUUACCAGUGUGAUGGAAUGGAUGAAACAAACCAUGUCAAACUGAGCAACGUUCUAAAUUCUUCCUUUCAUUACAAGGAAACACUGUGGAGGAGACACCUUCAGUCCUUCUCCCACUGUUCAAAUAGCCUAAAUUGUAAGGACAUCCCAUCCUACACCUGGCUCAUAUCACACCUGAUAUUCAAGUGUUGAUCUUCAAAGGUGUUUUAGUGUGUGAAGAGAAAGAAGCAUAGGAAGGCCACUGAGGAAAAAUUGUUCAAAAUAAAUCCAAAACUUCAGAUACUGCUCCAAUGAAACAAUAGAGAGGUAUGGUUUCCUCCUUCUAAAGGUAUUGAUUGUUCUUUAAAUUAGUUUUGAUGGAGAAUCCAAGGCAUUAGGAAGGUUGAUUCUCUUGAACAUUAAACGUGGAAGUAGAAACUGGAAGCCUAUCCAGUCUUCCUUGUAUUAUUUAAAAAUCAAUUCCAAAUGGUAGUGACCAAAACACUGACAAAUAGGAGCUGAGAUUAUAUUUGUGGAGUGCUAAGGGAAGAGCAUCAGAUGAACUUUGUAUUAUUACUAGCAUGACUUGUGCCUUAUCUAUGUGCUGAUUAUUUGAAAAAUUAUGCAUGGAUUUUCUCAUGCUAAGAUUGGAGUUUUUAAUGAACACGUAUGCAAAGAAGCCUGCAAUGAGCAGAAUACAAAUGUAUUUCAAGGUCACAUCCCUAUCCAGCAGUCGUCACCCACCCACUGCAGCUUCACCCCAGGCUACUCUCUGUCUUGGUGUGGAUGUGAUAGGAGAGUCCUCUUAGCUUUAAGAUUGGCAAUCCUAAAAAAGCCAAAGCAGACAACAGAGGCUAUUGUCCUGUGUGAGUACCCUGUCUGCACAAAAUGGCUGAUCUAGUGAUCCCUUUUCCCUGGCCAACAGAUCCACCAUCAUGCUCUCGCAAUGCACAAUGUCUAGCAGCCAUUUUCUUUAGUUCUCCAGGAAACAAGUGGGCAGCCAUAUCAAGGCAACCUGCUUCUACUCAAGGCAUCAAGGUAGAUUGACUCCCUUUGCAAAGCUGAGAUUUUCUGCCUUGCAUGAGAUCAUUUCAUUGAUCUGGACUGAAGAGCACAGCUGUUUUGCAGUCAAAAUGUUUACUGCAAAUUUAAGUAGGUUUCAGGCAGCUUACAUCAUUGGAUAGUAAAAGAGAAAUUCUGUCAAUAAAUGCAAGGGAUCUGUAACUGAAUAACCCCAGCACAUGCUCAGAACUAUAGCUUUGUGCAGAAAUAAUGAACUCAUCUUGAAAAUGCUUCAAAGGUUUCCCCCACUAGUGUACCUCUUGCCAGCAAGAGAAUGUUUGUUGCACAGCAUAAAUUUAACAUUUUUUAUUUGCACAGUUGUGGCUUGUCAUCCUCAGCAAAAAAAAAAAAAAGCUGUAGAGCUGGCCAGUCUUUAUUUUAACAUCCCAUCAACUUGGACAUACUCAUUAUAAUGAUGCCUACCACUUCAAAUGUAGGAGGACUGUGUCAGGCUAGCAUUAGGAUAUGGGUUGAAGCUAUUGGACUUACUCUGAAGUAGAACCACCACCACCUCCCAAACGAGAGUGAAUAGAAGAGUUGGCAAAGAUAGCACAGUGCCUUAUUAAGUUGGUAACUUGCUUGUUCUGGAAGUAUUAUCCUAAGGAGGUGGUUCUUCCCCACGUUUCAUUUAGAUUUAGUAAGCCGCUAGCAACGGCCCCAUGCUUAUUCAUAAUCAAUUCCAAACCAAUCAGCUUGGUUUCAGAACUAAAAACAUUUUGGUGCCACCAGAAAACGCUCACAGUAUUCUAAGCUAGUCCAAAUUGUUUUGGCACUGAAGGGUGCGAAGUCUUUAAGAACCUCUGGUGGAAAGAAUACAUAACAUAGGUGGAAAUAAUACAUAAAAUCAAAACCAGUAACUAUUUUGUCAUUGACAUAUAGCAGGUUCCUGAAGCCACUACUUCAACCUGGUAAAACUAUUCAUGCUUGGUUUGAAUUGAUAGCUUUUUAGGGUGCAUUCUUUAAUACUGGAAGGGUUUCCAGUGGCACUUCUUCAGUCAUAACAUUGAAUUCAGGUUUUCACAGAACUGAGUAGUUGCACAUCAAAGGCUGGAUGCAUACUUAGAACAUUUUUCUAAGUGGCAAUGCCUUUAAAAGAACAACUUUGAAAUACUUCAGAGAAGUGAAGGCUGUGGGUGUUUUGAUAAAGGCUUAAAGUCCAGAUUCCUUAUCAAUAAAAUUAUAGCUGAGAUUGCAUACCAUACUAAGUCAUGGUUUCCUUAAAUAAGCUAUGAUUUAACGAAUAAAUCCCAAUUGGCUAUAAACCAGUGUUGUCCAAACUUGGCCACUUUAA